AUGCCCGGCACCGACAUCGUUGACCAAUCACGAAAGGAUUUGGAAUUGCUGCCGCCACAAGUUCUGCUCGUGCCGACUCGGGUAUUGGAUGCCGGCACCGAGGGGGCUGGAAAACUGCUGAGGCUUGGCGAUCGACAGUUAAGAACGGGGGGUUAUUGGAAUAAUGGGCUUCUGCUGAAAGCGGGGUUAUAA